AUGGCCAACUGGCAUGACCGCCCUGCGACCGCCGCUCUCUACCUGGCGAUUUGUCUGCUGACAGUCGCCCUUCGUCUCACCUCCGCCCUGCCCACAGUCGCUGGUUCACCUUGCGAAUCGGUCUGCGUUAACGCUGGUGACCCAGUGGAAGAUGUAGUCUGCCUCAAUGCAGACUAUCAGAACCUCGAGAAUGGCCGCGCUUUCCAGAAAUGCGUUUCUUGCCAGCUAAAUUCGACGGCCGUGGAUACUGCGAAGAAUGAGACGGACGUGGAAUUUGGAUUGCUGGCUCUCCGAUACACCCUUGCAGGAUGCAUGUUUGCAAUUCCCAUCCCGCAUAUCUCCAUAAGCAGUCCUUGUCAAGUGAGCUGUGCCACGCUCAACGACUCCAUCGGCUAUCAGAUUACGAACGACAGUUCUAUUCUAAGCCCCAGUAACGACGAAUUUUGCCAUGCAGGGCGAUUUCCGGACAACGUUAUCAACACAUGUGCCUUUUGUUACAGCUUCAUCCCUCAGCAACUGUUUCUGGCAAAUUUCCUGCAAGCUCUUCACAUCAACUGCGUGCAGCCACACAUUGCUGGGCGGCCAUUCUUCCCCGACGCGAAUGCCUUAUUCAACGAGACUUUGAUUGCUGGACCAGCACCAGUGACGAGUGGGUCAUCCUCUGGUGGUGGUCUGCAUGGUUACCAGCUCGCUCUGGCGAUAGCAUUACCCAUCGUUGGAGGUAUUCUGAUCAUAGGCAGCACGUGCUGGUGCUGCUUCAUCUUUACACGGAAGCGGCGCCAGAAAAUGGCUGCGACAGGACGCAUGAGCAAAGUCCACGAUGCAAAUGCCGAUCAGAUGUAUACACCUGUGUCACCAAGCAUGAAGAAUGUCGAGGCAUGGGGACAAGGAGAGCCACCACGCGAGAUGCACGUCAUCAGUCCAACCUUGUUGCAUGCCAAACAUCCCAGCCCUGGCCUUGCACAAGGAAGAUGGAGUCAUAAUACCGGAGGUUCUGAGCAAGGCACUCCUCUGAGAAAUAGUUUCCAACAGGAAGAUAUUGGCCCGGGAUCGAAUCAGGUUCGGGACCCAAACCUCCAUGACCUAUACUUUGGUGUGGACCAGGAGCCACCAGAGGCCUCUGGCCCCAGCACCACCAACGGUCAGUAUUACGACCAGCAGGCGCGUAUGCACCACCCAGAGGAUGAGACCAGAGGCCGCUUCAUCUGA